AUGCCCGGCAUUCCCCCCAACGCCCUCGACAACAUCAAGGGCAAGUUCAAGGCAAUCUUUGCCAAGAAGAACAAGGACAAGAAGGCUGCGACCACCGACAAACCCGCCGAGGCCAAGCCUACCGAGACCAAACCCGCGGAGACCAAGCCCACCGAGACCAAACCUGCCGAUGCUGCCCCUGCCACUGCCCCUGCUGCGGCUCCCGCCGCUGCUGCCGUAGCUGAGGCUCCGAAGGCCGAGACCGCUGCCGCCACUACUGAGGCUCCCAAGGCCGAGGCUGCUGCUGAGGCGCCGAAGACAGAGGCUGCUGCUGCCCCGGUUGCUGCGCCUGUUCCCGCUGCCGCUGCCGCUCCGGUCACGGCUCCGGUGCCCGCUCCUGCUGAGGCUGCUGCUGCUCCCACCGAGACCCCCGCCGCUCCGGAGGCCGCCGCCGCCCCGGCUGCCCCGGCUGCCGCUACCCCUGCUGAGGCCCCCAAGGCUGAGGAGAAGCCCGCUGCCACUGCCUAA